AUGGCUGUGGCUGUACCAGGACAAGCUGAGGGCAUUAAGCUAGGAUGGCAACGAGUGUCGCAGGGGCGCGGGGAGAGGAGAAGUGUUUAUGCUGCCAUGUCGGCGGGAAAGAGCAGGACGGUGCCUCAGACGUACGUGCCAGUGCAGGCAUGGAGCGGGAGGGCGAUCAGAGAUAGGAAGGAUCGACCGAGCGAGAGCGAAGGGGGGAGGGAGAAGAUCAGGAGGACCAAGCGAGCUGCGUGCUUCAUCGAGGACGCGAUGAGAGGGGUGGACGGGAGGGACUAUGUGGAUGAUCGCCGAACGAGCAAGGUCGUGUUCAGCAUGGAGAGCAGGCAGCAUGCGAGAGCAGCUCCGUCGACGGGGGCGGCAGCAAGACAGACGAAGCCCUUCCGAGAUACGAUGCUCAACUUGUCGAGUAAGAGUCUGUGGACUGCAAAACCUGAGGCGAUCGGCGAGUCAGAGGGGAAGAAGGCGAUCAGGUCGGUCUCCUCUCAAAAGAUGAAGGAAGCAAGUUUUCAUCCGACACUGCAUGCGCGGUUGAUGGAGAGGGUGUCGGAGAGAGUGAGAAGGACGCAACUGAGGGAAAGAGAGAAAGAAAACUUUGACAAGUCAAAAGAUGUCAAGAAAGAGACAGACAAGCUGCUACUGAAGAUGUUUCAAACGACUGAAAAGAGCUGGCAGAAAGAAGACGCACUCAUGUUUCAGAAUUUCGGCAGAAAGCUCAACAUGGUCGACGACGAGGUUGAGAACCUGAAGGCCUGCAAGGACGGGAUGGUGAAGAUGCUGCGAGUUAUGAACGAGUACAACCUGCAACUGCAAUCAGAGAUGAACCUGAUCAACCCCCUAGUGGACCAUGUCUUCCGUGUGGAGCAGGCAAUCAUCAAACGGACCCCUCAAGCCUUCGGGACCAUCCAAGGUAAUUCUACACUACGACGCAAGGGAGGCGAAGACAACGAGGAAGAUGAAGGCGAGCAAGUCGGGAAGAUUGAUGAUGACAGCUGGGACGGAGGGAACUUCGAUAGCUGCAAGGAGGACUUGCGGAACAACCUGGACGAGCUGAACGCGCUAAUGGCAAAAGUUGUGGAGGGAGAGAGCAGGCAGAGCGAUGGGGAGAUCGAAAAUGCAGAGGACAGAAUGCAGGAGCCUGCAAAACUUUCGGCCCACGAGGAAGACGGCGAGGGCAUUCUCCGCAAGGAGAGCGACUUUCGGCUGCAAAUCGAGCAGGAGGUGAUGAACACGGAGCGAAGGGAGAACCCACAGGAUGGGCAAGAGGGGAGGCAGGGGAACGGGGAAGGAGAGGAGGUGGAGGAGGAGGAGGAGGAGGAGGAGGAGGAGGUUCUCAGAAGAGCCAAGUUGCUGCUCAGAGCGUUAUCAACACAGCAUUGA